CGAACGAAAUAUAUAAAGCCGCUUACACACACACACUUUGCUUCCUCGAUCUUCAACACCCACACCGUCCGUCCUCGUCAUUUGCUUCGGAUCGCGGACUGAGGGUGAGAGCACCGGCUGCGCAGUAUGGUGCACGUCUGCUUUUACCGAAACUAUGGGAAAACCUUUAAGAAGCCCAGACGUCCCUACGAGAAGGAGCGUCUGGACGCGGAGCUGAAGCUCGUGGGUGAGUACGGGCUGCGGUGCAAGAGGGAGCUUUGGAGGGUGCAGUAUGCGCUGAGUCGCAUUCGUAACAAUGCGAGGAUGCUUCUGACCCUGGAUGAGAAGAACCCACGUCGGAUUUUCGAGGGUGAAGCCCUGCUGAGGAGGAUGAACAGGUACGGGUUGCUGGACGAGAGCCAGAACAAGCUCGAUUACGUGUUGGCCCUCACUGUAGAGAACUUUCUUGAGCGCCGUCUUCAAACCCUAGUGUUCAAGUCCGGUAUGGCCAAGUCCAUUCACCAUGCCAGAGUUCUUAUCAGGCAGAGGCAUAUUAGGGUUGGAAGACAGGUAGUCAACAUUGCCUCAUUCAUGGUGAGGGUAGACUCACAGAAGCACAUUGAUUUUUCACUCACGAGUCCAUUUGGUGGUGGACGCCCUGGGAGAGUGAAGCGCAGGAACCAGAAGGCAGCGGCCAAGAAGACUGCUGGUGGAGAUGGAGAUGAAGAAGAGGAAGAGUAAGCUCAACUUUAGAUAUGUGAUGGUAAUGGUAAUAAUACAGUUUUUGUUUAUCUUAAUCUAUCAUUUAGUUUUUCCAAUCUGCAACUGGGGCUUUCUGUGAAUGCCUUAGAUAGAGAAGUUUUGCUUUGCUUCAAUGACACUAUCGUUUAGAAUAUGUAUGUUUGUUUUGGUUAUUAUUGGAUAGUCGACUUAUCUCUCAUGAGAAUUAUCUUGGAUUUCAUGCUUAAA